GCUAUUUCUCAGACGAUUUCACCAGCACAAUAACUUGCUGCCCUCUACAACUUGAACUUCACAGACUUCCAAAGAGUAAGUUUUCUUGAAUACAACACACAAGUUUAAAUAUGGGGAUUCUGAGCCAGCUAUCAAUCUUUCACCUCCUCUGGGCUGCUAUGGUCUUUUGUCAAUAUGAAGACUAUGAUUUUGAGGAUGAGUAUGAUGGGGAGCCAAAUCAUCAAUAUCCAUAUUAUUUUAAUCCAAAUACACAAGCUGAAGUUCCUCGCUUCCCUUUUCCAGUUGAGUGUGCCCGUGAAUGCUUCUGUCCACCAGGUUUUCCCUUAUCAAUGUACUGUGAUCAUCGCAAACUUAAGGCAAUACCAAAUAUCCCAAAUCACGUUCAACAACUCUAUCUGCAAAAUAAUGAUAUUGAAGCUGUGCCUGCAGGACCAUUCACUAAUGCUACCUUCUUAAGAGAAAUUAACCUCAGCCACAACAAAAUUAAAUUUCAUAUGAUUGACCAUGGUGUUUUUGCCAAGCUUUCAAACUUAUUGCAACUUCAUUUACAACAUAAUGAAUUGGAAGAAUUUCCAUUCCCUCUCCCCAGCUCUCUAGAGAGACUCCUCCUUGGUUCCAAUCAGAUUUCUCAGUUAUCCGGAAAUUCACUGGAAGGAUUACCUAACAUAACCAUGCUUGACCUGUGCAAUAACCUUCUUGACGACUCAGUACUCAAAGGAAAACCCUUUUCAAACAUGAAAAAUUUAAUGCAGCUCAAUUUAUGCAACAACAAAUUACAGACUAUGCCUCCUGAUCUACCAUCAUCACUUAUGUAUCUCUCUCUUGAGAACAACUCAAUUUCUUAUAUUCCAGAAAACUACUUCAACAGACUUCCAAAAAUCAUUGCUCUUAGAAUGUCCCACAAUAACCUGCAAAACAUUGCACGCAACACCUUUAACCUGCCCAACCUUCUAGAACUUAAUCUUGGACAUAACAAACUGAAACAAGUAUUCUAUAUACCAAGAAGUUUGCAGCAUUUGUAUAUUGAAGACAAUGACAUUGAAAUCGUAAAUAUUACUUUGAUGUGUCCAUCUAUUGAUCCAAUGAACGUCAACCAAUUAACCUAUAUACGCAUGGACCGAAAUAAGCUCACAAAUCCAAUAAGCACAUAUGCAUUCUUUUGCUUCCCUCACAUUCGAGCCAUUUAUUACGGCGAACAAAAUGUUAAUGCCAACAAGUCAACUCAGCUAAGAAUACCAGUGUUUCGACGAUUUUUAACACCAGAAGAAUACCACGAAGCAGAACAGGAUGAAACACAUGAUCACGAAACUGAAGAAGAUCAUGAAGCAGAAGACAACUACUUUCAUCCUUAUUUUCAGUGA